AGCAGGAUGGCGGCGCUCGGCAGUGACAGCGACGAGGAUUUGGCCAGCUAUGGGACGAGCCUGGAGCCGCUGGAAGAAGGUGCAAGACCUAGGAAGCCAAUUCCUCUUCAGGAUCAGACUGUCAGAGAUGAGAAAGGAAGGUACAAACGAUUCCACGGAGCCUUUAGUGGGGGUUUCUCUGCCGGAUACUUCAAUACUGUUGGCUCAAAAGAAGGAUGGACACCCUCUACCUUCGUGUCUUCACGACAGAACAGAGCAGACAAAUCUGUCCUUGGUCCCGAAGAUUUUAUGGACGAAGAGGAUCUCAGUGAAUUUGGGAUAGCGCCUAAAGCAAUUGUGACCACAGAUGAUUUUGCUUCUAAAACCAAAGACCGAAUACGAGAAAAGGCCAGACAGUUAGCAGCGGCCACUGCCCCUAUUCCUGGAGCCACUCUGCUCGAGGACUUCAUAACACCAGCAAAAUUGUCUGUUGGUUUUGAAUUACUGAGGAAAAUGGGCUGGAAGGAAGGACAAGGAAUCGGUCCUCGAGUUAAGAGAAGACCACGCCGACAGAAACCCGAUCCUGGAGUGAAAAUCUAUGGCUGUGCCUUGCCCCCUGGAGGCUCGGAAGGCUCUGAGGAUGAGGGUGACGACUACCUGCCGGAAAAUGUGACCUUUGCACCGAAAGAUGUCACACCUGUGGAUUUCACACCUAAAGAUAAUGUACAUGGACUGGCUUACAAGGGCCUGGAUCCCCACCAGGCACUGUUUGGAGCUUCAGGAGAACACUUUAACCUGUUCAGUGGGAGAUUUGAGGGCGGCGACAGUCUUCUUGAAGACAUUGGAGUGAAUAAAGGAAGAAAACUGGGGAUUUCAGGCCAGGCUUUUGGUGUUGGUGCCCUGGAAGAGGAAGAUGAUGACAUCUAUGCCACAGAGACCCUGGCCAAGUAUGACACGGUCCUGAAGGACGAGGAGCCUGGAGAUGGACUCUAUGGUUGGACGGCGCCCAAGCAGUAUAGAAGACAGAAAGAACCAGAGAAAGAUCUUCGAUACGUUGGCAAAAUUUUGGAUGGAUUUUCGUUGGCUUCUAAACCUUUGUCUUCUAAGAAAACGUAUCCACCACCUCAACUGCCGAGAGACUACCGGCCGGUGCAUUACUUCAGACCUGUCGUCGCUGCAACCUCAGAGAACGCCCACCUCUGUCAGGUGCUCUCACAGUCAACUGGAAAGCCAGCACAUGAUGCAGGGACACAGAGUAGGCACCAGCUGAAUGCCUCCAGGCGGGGCGAGCUGCUUGGAGAAACGCCAACUCCAGGUUCAGCUACUUCGGUGUUAGAAUUUCUGUCCCAAAAAGAUAAAGAGAGAAUCAAAGAAAUGAAGCACGCAAAUGACCUGAAGGCAGCCCAACUCAAGGCCAGGAGUCUGGCCCAGCAGGCCUCAAGCAGCAGGCUCCAGCCUUCUUCUCCAGACGUCGGACAUAGCGCUUGGCACCUGGCGUGGAGCAGUGGGUCAGCCAACGCAAAAGCCAGCAACUUCAAGCCUUUCGCCAAAGAUCCAGAAAAGCAAAAGCGAUAUGAAGAGUUUUUAGUAAAUAUGAAACGGGGUCAGAAAGAUGCCCUGGAACGCUGUCUGGACCGCAGCAUGACGGAGUGGGAGCGGGGCCGAGAGCGGGACGAGUUCGCCCGGGCAGCGCUGCUGUACUCAUCAUCCCACUCGACCUUGUCCGCCAGGUUCACCCACGCCAAGGAGGAGGACGACUCAGAUCAAGUUGAAGUCCCUCGAGACCAAGAGAACGACGUCAAUGACAAGCAGUCGGCUGUGAAGAUGAAGAUGUUUGGGAAGCUCACCCGGGACACGUUUGAGUGGCACCCAGACAAGCUUCUCUGCAAGAGGUUCAAUGUCCCCGACCCUUACCCAGAUUCCACGAUAGUUGGCUUACCAAGAGUGAAGCGUGACAAGUACUCAGUCUUCAACUUUCUGACCCUCCCAGAGACAGCUUCUUCACCCACAGCUCAAGCAUCAAGUGAGAAAGUACCGCAGCACCGAGGUCCCGAAAAAUCAAGAAAACCCUCUAGAUGGGACACAUCGAAACAAGAAAAGAAGGAAGACUCCAUUAGUGAAUUUUUGAGUUUGGCCAGGUCAAAAGUUGGCCCAUCUAAACAAGAGUCCAGUCCACUAGUAAGCAAAGAGGAGGAGCCUGCCACGGGAUCAGCCUCUGAUAAGGUACUUGGCAAAGAUGCGGAUUCCCAGACGGAGGGAGAGGAGAGCCGGCCGUCCAUGGACUUGUUCAAGGCCAUCUUCGCCAGCUCCUCCGAUGAGAAGUCCUCAUCCUCUGAGGAGGAGCAGGGUGCCAGUGAGGAUGAGCAGGAGCCCGCCGAGGAGCCAGACUCCAAAAGUUCCCGAGAGGCUGGUUCAACGGAAACACCCUCUGUGGCGCCCACGGCUGAGCCAGCACCCCAGAAACCUGCACCUUCCUUCCCGAUCCAGAAGAUGCAGAUAGAUGAAAGAGCAGAGUUUGGCCCACGGCUGCCUCCUGUCUUCUGCCCCAAUGCUCGUCAGAAACCUGAGGUACCUCAAAAGGAGAAACAUAAAAAGAACAAAGAAAAGCACAAGACCAAGAAAGAGCACAGGCGAAAGAAAGAGAAGAAAAAGAAACACCGGAAGCACAAACAUAAGGGCAAGCAGAAGAACAAGAAGUCAGAGAAGAGCAGUAGUUCUGACAGUUCCCACAGCAGCGACAGUGAGAGUGAGGAAGAUGCGCCCCCUGGCCUGUCCCCCCAGGAACUGCUGAGACGGCUGAAACGUCUCCCACUAAGGAGGUAGUGACCGAAUGGGCCGCGGUCCCCACACCAGCCCUUGGCUGUGAUGGAAGCGGUUGCCCGCUGUCAGUACAUUGUACAGAUUGUAUUUAUGUAAACUCAUGCUGUAAAAUAACCCUGAAACCUCGACAUUUCAAACGCUGCCUUGGAAGGUUGCAGAAAACGAUUUCUAUUUUUAACUUCAGUUAGUGUCAGGAAAAUACUGAGACUGUACAGUUUAAUUAAA